AUGGAUGAUGAUUUGUCUAAACCUCUUUGGAAAUAUGUUACAAAACUUGAUAAAUUUAAUGAAAAGGGUGGUAACAUUAUUUGGCAAUGUAAUUUUUGUAAUGCAACUAAGACAAGUUCUUACACAAGAGUGAAGGCACAUUUGUUAAAAUUACAAGGCUAUGGAAUUGAGGCUUGUGUAAAAGUAACUAUGAAAGAUAUAUGUGAAAUGCAAAAAAUGGAAGAUGAAGCCAAGUUGAGAAUGCAAACUAAGGCGGGGAAAAGAGUGCCAUUGCCAUCGAAUAAUAUGGGUUCUAAGGAUUGUUAUGUUUUGGAGGAAAGGAAAAGAAAGAAUAGUGCAAUAGAAAAUGCUUUUAAUGUGACAACACGUGACCAAUUGGAUUCCGAAAUUGCUAAAAUGUUUUAUUCAAGUGGUUUGCCUUUUACUCUUGCAAGAAAUCCUUAUUACAUUAGUUCUUAUACUCUUGCUUCCAAUAGUCGAAUUUCGGGAUAUUUGCCUCCCGGUUACAACAAGUUGAGAACUACUCUUCUUCAAAAAGAGAAAAAAAAUGUGGAAAGAUUAUUAAAUCCAAUUAAAGGCACAUGGGCGGAAAAAGGAGUUACCAUUGUGAGUGAUGGAUGGAGUGAUCCACAAAGAAGGCCACUAAUUAAUUUUAUGGCGGUGACCGAGAGUGGACCAAUGUUUUUAAAAGCGGUUGAUUGUUUCGGUGAAACAAAAGAUAAAUAUUUUAUUGCUUACUUGAUGAAGGAGGUUAUAAAUGAAAUUGGUCAUCAAAAGGUGGUUCAAGUAAUAACCGAUAAUGCUCCAAAUUGCAAAGAGACACGAUUUGCUUCUAUUAUUGUCAUGUUAAAAAGAUUUAAGCUUAUUCGAUGUGGUCUUCAAGCUUUGGUUAUUAGUGAAAAAUGGUCACUUUAUCGAGAAGAUGACAUGAAGAAGGCAAGAUUUUGUGAUAUGGAUAAACCUUGCCUUCACUUGGUUUACGACAUGUGGGAUACAAUCAUUGAGAAAGUGAGAGGAAUAAUUUAUAGGAAUGAGAAAAAAGUUCAACAAGAGGAAUCAUCAUUCUACAAUGUUGUUCAUCGGAUACUUGUAGAUCGUUGGAACAAAAAUAACACUCCACUUCAUUGUUUGUCUCAUUCCCUAAAUCCAAGGUACUAUAGCGAGGAAUGGCUUAAUGAGGAUCCCACUCGACUUGCUCCACAUAGAAAUGUAGAGAUUUCAAGAGAAAGAAUAAAAUGUUUUAAGAGGUACUUGUCAAAUGAAGAGCGUAUUAUGGUGAAUAAGGAGUAUGCCAAAUUCUCAACUAUGGAAGAUGACUUUGGUGAUUUUGAAUCCAUCCAUGAUCGUUACCGCUUGGACCCAAAGACUUGGUGGGUUAUUUAUGGUGCUUGCACACCUAUGCUUCAAAGUUAUGCUUUGAGAUUAUUGGGGCAACCAUCUUCUUCAUCGUGUUGUGAGCGAAAUUGGAGUACUUAUUCCUUUUUGCACUCUCUUAAACGGAAUAAGCUAACUCCAAAACGUGCGGAAGAUUUGGUUUUUGUCCAUAGCAAUCUUCGUCUCUUGUCAAGGAGGAGUGCGCAAUACUCACAAGGAGAGACUAAAAUGUGGGAUAUCGGUGGAGAUGCAUUUGAUACAUUUGAAGAUAUUGGUGUGCUUGAAGUCGCUAAUUUAUCUCUCGACGAACCGGAAUUGGAGGCGAUGGUAUUUGCUGAUGGAGAUGAAGAUUUUGAAGAGAUUCAAGAUGAAUGA